AUGUCAGACGCCAUGACUCUCGUCGACGACGAUAUCCUAGAGCCCACCCUCCAAUCCAUACUUGACCAGAAAACCCUUCGCUGGAUCUUCGUAGGUGGCAAAGGUGGUGUCGGCAAGACCACAACCUCCUGCUCACUCGCUAUCCAACUCGCGAAGCAUCGCAAAUCAGUCCUCCUCAUCUCGACCGACCCAGCGCACAACCUCUCGGACGCAUUCAACCAAAAAUUUGGCAAAGAUGCGCGACUCAUCAAUGGAUUUGAUAACCUGAGCGCCAUGGAGAUCGAUCCAAACGGGAGUAUACAAGAUCUUCUGGCGGGAGGAGGAGAAGACGAGGAUCCGCUCGCCGGCAUGGCCGGGGGUAUGGGAGGCAUGAUGCAGGACUUGGCGUUCAGUAUUCCGGGUGUCGAUGAAGCCAUGUCUUUUGCAGAAGUGCUUAAGCAAGUCAAAUCGCUCUCUUACGAGGUCAUAAUUUUCGAUACCGCGCCGACAGGCCACACGCUUCGCUUUCUCCAGUUUCCUACCGUUAUGGAAAAGGCUCUUGCAAAGCUCUCACAACUCUCAUCUCAAUUCGGUCCCAUGCUGAACAGCGUGCUAGGCGCGCGCGGUGGAUUGCCCAACGGCCAGAGCCUCGACGACAUUCUAUCGAAGAUGGAGACGCUACGCGAGACUAUAUCAGAAGUAAACACGCAAUUCAAGGACGCUGAUAUGACGACAUUUGUGUGCGUAUGCAUCGCAGAAUUCCUAAGUUUGUACGAAACGGAGAGAAUGAUUCAGGAGUUGAGCAGUUAUCAGAUCGACACGCAUGCAAUUGUGGUGAAUCAGCUACUAUUUCCCAAGAAAGACAAUGAGUGUGAACAGUGUAACGCGCGUCGGAAGAUGCAGAAGAAAUAUCUGGACCAAAUCGAGGAGUUGUAUGAUGAGUUCAAUGUAGUCAAGAUGCCACUGCUAGUGGAGGAGGUGAGAGGAAAGGAGAAGUUAGAAAAGUUCAGCGAUAUGCUUGUGAACCCCUAUAUCCCACCCCAGUAG